AUGUCGCAAUCAGUAUUUCACGUGAACCACAACGAGUCAACACUGGUUAACGAAGUUCAGAACAGUUAUGAUGCCAUCACAGCUUAUAAUAUGUUUAGUUUUCAAUAUGACGGGGCUGGUUCCCGAUUAAUACAAACUCUCAGCCAGGCUCUAAAGGGAACAGUUUAUCAGCAGAUUAGUGAAGAAUGUUGGACUUGUUUUACUGAAAUCUAUUCUGCUAGGCAGACUUUGAAGUUUAUAGAACAUUAUAAAGCUAUGGAAAGAGAAUUAUUUAAUCUUAAAAAACAGAUUGAUUCUGGUAAUCAACAAGAUCUGUCUAAACUUUACUCUCAAACAUUCUUCCACAUAUUGUUACAGUUUAUCAAAAUGCAAGAUGACUAUUUUAAAUUGUGCCAUGAGAAUAUAUCCAAUAUUAUUUCAAAAUUGAUGAAAACCAGUGAAGAAGCAACGACAUCUCCAACUGAACAACCUGCUCAAUCUAGUCCUUCCAAACAGAAAUCCAAUGUCUCUUCUACUAAUUCUAGUCCAAAAUUAACCAAACAUCAGACAUCCCCUCCCAAACAACAACAACCAACUUUAAAAUCUUCCUUCCUCUCAUUAUUUGAGAGAAAAUCGGUGCCAAGAGAGAAACAGAGUGCCUUCUAUGUUGAUGUACAAGAUGAUAGCAAUGAAAAAGGUAAUCCAAGACAACAAAUGCCCACAAUAACCUGUGAUGAUAUAUCUGCUCAAAGUCAUAUUUCAAAUGGAACCACAUCUUCUUCCAGUACCAAGAACUUAGUGGAUAUAGCAUCAGAUGAAGAAAUAGAUAGUGUUAUAAAUUUGUUAUCAUGUUUAACGCCUACUAAUCCUGGCAAUAACUCAAAUACCAUGUCAGUGAUCCCGGAAAAUCAUAUCCAAUUAACAGUUCCUCAAAUAUAUCGAAUGCCGAGUCCAUUAUCAGAUACAAACAUUGAUGAACUCAAACCGCCAAAUUUUGUCGUUCAUCGCCGUAGUGAAGGAAGCCUUGAUUUAUCAGCCAUUCAAAAAAAUAUCUGGAAUUCACCCCAUCGUGGCAGUCUUCCUGGUGGAGGUUUGAGACAGUUUGGUGGGGACAUCAGUGCAAUAAACAGACGUUAUUCUCAAGAUAUGUACCAUUCAUUUCGUGGUAGUUCACCAUACGUGCCAAGUGUUGGCUGGCCAGGUACACACUGGCUAACACCCACUAGUAAUCUUCAUACCAAUAAUACCUGGCCUUACUAUAAUGCUCUUAACCAUGGACAAACAGAUACGUUAAACAGUAGUUGGUCUGGUGUUCAAGAUUCUAGUGAUCUUAGUGAUGACUCAUCUUGUGGUGGUGGGGAACAGUUUUUUGCUGUUGGUCAAGAUUUAGUUCAGGCUCUGGAUUCUAAAGAUUAUGACAGUGAUGAUGAAAAUAAAACAAAGGGAGACAAAAGAAACAUUAAGAAAUGCAGUAAUACAUGGCCAGUUCUACAACAAUGGGACAAAACUAAUACAGAUCAUAAUAAUAUGUUACAACCCCCUUCUGAUGAGGAUCACAUGAUACAUCGCCCAGUACAGAUGCAAUGGAGUGAUCCUAUGUCAUCACACAGCAUGUGGCCAUCUAAUCCUCCAGGUGUUCAACAACAAAGGCAUUCACAAAGUAUGCAGGGCUUUAGUUUAUACCAGUGA